GCGGCACUCCUUCCAUUCCUCCAAUUUCCCCUGCCCCGCGCGUCUCACCGCCGACCACACCCCAAACCCUAGCCCUACCGCCGCCGCCGCCAUGGCCGACCCUCGGAUGUUCCCCCCGGGAUCAAACGCCGAGGACGACCAUGUCCCCGGCCGCCGGAAGUACAACCCCUACCAGGACCUCAACGUCCCCCACAACUACAAGAACCUCUACGAUCUGCCCACGUCGCCGGAGUUCCUCUUCCAGGAGGAGUCCGCGGUGCAGCGCCGCUCCUGGGGCGAGAACCUCACCUACUACACGGGCAUCGGGUACCUCUCGGGCGCCGUGGGCGGCGCCGCCCUCGGCCUCCGCCAGGCCGCCGCCGGCGCGGAGCCCGGGGACACCGCCAAGAUCCGCGCCAACCGCCUGCUCAACGCCUGCGGCAGCUCCGGCCGCCGCUACGGCAACAGGGUCGGGGUCAUCGGGCUCAUGUACGCCGGGAUGGAGAGCGGCAUGGUCGAGGUGCGCGACCGCGACGACUGGAUCAACAGCGUCGUCGCCGGGCUCGGCACCGGCGCGCUCUUCCGCGCUGCCAACGGGCCGCGAUCCGCCGCCGUCGCGGGCGCCGUCGGCGGGGUCCUCGCUGCCGCCGCCUUGGCUGGCAAGCAGCUCGCCAAGCGAUAUGUGCCGGCAAUAUGACCACAUCUCCGUAUCCCUUCCUGUUCGCUCAGAUCCAGUGAUCAGAUCAAUCCGUCGCCAAGAAUGAAUCCUUGUUCGUCUGUAAUUCUCAGGGUUAGCUGCUCCACUUGAGAGUUGAGAAUGCAUAAUAUCUAUCCUAUGUUAGUCACAUCGGAAUGGGAAUUCUUUUGACCUGUGUUGCAAUGUAACAUCAUGGAUGCAAGAAUAAUAUACGUUUUUUUUGGAUGUUGCUGAACAAAAAGAGUUUAUCCGAGAGUUUACAGCAUUUGUAUUGUAGAUUGAUGAGAACAUGGGUGCACUGUGGAUUACUAGGUUUUCAUGAAUGCUCAUGUCUCAUGUGGUGGAUUACUAGGUUUUCAUAAAAUGCUCAUGUCUCAUGUGUUCAUUUGUAUCUCUUUGAUGUGGCUUUGUGAAUCAAAAAAAUUCUGAAGUUC